AUGGUCCCAAAGGAAGAGUGGCCUGUAUAUUCUGUUUGUGACGUUUCAGCUUUCACUCUCCUCCCUCAAAAUGUUAGCGAUUUCCUAUCAAGAGAUCUACCAUGUCGGAGACCUAAACGCACUCCAAUCUCCGUCAACCAAUGCAUCCCUGCCUCCUUCUCUCAUUCUUUCGUUCUACUUCUCAUAACCCUUCAGAUACUCUCUAAUUCUAAUCUCAAAAGCGAAAACCUAGAUGAGAGUGAUGAUGAACGCGGCGAUGAACGUUGCAGAUCUGUGAUGAAGAUGCGCGAGGAGUUUGUUGUAGGAGCAUCAGCGGGAACCAAAUUAUUCAAUGGUUUGGAAGGUGCAUCAACAGGAUGCGAAUUAUUCAAUGCUUUGCAAACUCAGGAAGUAGAAUUCGCAUUGAUUUGA